AAAGGUACGGAGAACACAUGUUGCCUGUCAUGAAGGAUCAUCGCUUCAAGUCAAUCACACAUAUUUCACCUCAAAACCCUAAAAUACUUCCAAAACUCACAACAUUCACCUUCAAAUCUUCAAUCUCUCUAAAAUCACUGUAAUCUUCAUCCUCAUUUCGUCUUCCAGAUCACAAUCCAUUCAAUAACUGUAAAUUUCACCGAAAAUUUCAACAAAAACGUUACAGAAAACGGUUAUGUGUUAUCAGUUUGUGCGUAAUCGUGUUUAGAACAAGUAGAAGUUGAAUUCAGCAAUGGCGUCGAGUCACGGUGGAUUCAAAUCUCGAAAAUCGACUUCGAAGUACUCGAAUUCGCCGGCGUCUUCUACGACAUCGUCUUCGAAGCAUGUUCCAGAAGUUUCGGUUGAUAAUUUGAGUUCUCCGGCUUCGUCUGGUAAGAGUAAGCCACGAAACUUUCAGCCGGAGAGUUUUCCGGUGAGUUCAGAGAGAUCGAAGGAGAAUGUCACGGUUACAGUCCGGUUUCGGCCACUCAGUCCUAGGGAAAUAAGGCAGGGGGAGGAGAUUGCGUGGUAUGCAGACGGAGAAACAAUUGUGCGGAAUGAACAUACACCGUCGAUAGCUUAUGCAUACGAUCGGGUGUUUGGGCCUACCACGACAACACGUCAUGUGUACGAUAUUGCCGCACAUCAUGUUGUUGGUGGUGCUAUGGAAGGUGUCAAUGGGACUAUCUUUGCAUAUGGUGUUACAAGUAGUGGAAAGACUCACACCAUGCAUGGCGAUCAGAGGUCUCCUGGAAUAAUCCCAUUGGCGGUAAAAGAUGUUUUUAGUAUAAUUCAAGAGACUCCAAGUCGUGAAUUUCUCCUUCGUGUUUCAUAUUUGGAAAUCUAUAACGAGGUGGUUAAUGACUUGUUGAAUCCAGCAGGGCAAAAUUUAAGAAUAAGGGAGGAUAGUCAGGGAACCUUUGUUGAAGGUGUUAAGGAAGAAGUUGUGUUAUCUCCUGCUCAUGCACUUUCCCUUAUUGCAGCUGGAGAAGAGCACAGACAUGUCGGUUCAACAAACUUUAAUUUGCUCAGCAGCAGAAGUCACACAAUAUUUACAUUGACGAUCGAGAGUAGCCCUUGUGGUGAAUAUGAUGAUGGAGGGGAUGUUAACCUGUCACAGUUGAACCUUAUAGAUCUGGCAGGUUCUGAGAGCUCUAAAGCUGAGACAGUUGGAGUUCGUCGAAAAGAAGGAUCCUAUAUAAACAAAAGUCUUCUAACUCUUGGAACUGUUAUAUCAAAAUUGACAGACGUUCGAGCAGCUCAUAUACCAUACAGGGACUCAAAGCUGACUAGGAUUCUUCAAUCUUCAUUAAGCGGUCAUGGACGAGUUUCCCUUAUUUGCACCGUGACUCCCUCAUCAAGCAAUUCCGAGGAGACACAUAAUACAUUAAAGUUUGCCCACCGUGCAAAACACAUUGAAAUUCAGGCCGCACAAAAUAGGAUUAUUGAUGAGAAAUCUCUUAUCAAGAAAUACCAAAAUGAAAUUCGAUUAUUGAAGGAGGAGCUAGAACAAUUAAAAAGUGGCAUUGUGGUAGUUCCUCAGUUUAAGGAUAAUAGAGGAGAUGACAUAGUUCUUCUUAAACAAAAGCUAGAAGAUGGUCAAAUGAAGCUGCAAUCAAGAUUGGAGCAAGAAGAAGAAGCUAAAGCUGCUUUGUUAAGCCGCAUACAAAGGCUGACCAAAUUAAUUUUAGUUUCCACCAAGUCCUCACCCUCAUCUAGACUUCCCCAUCGGUCAACUUUAAGAAGACGGCAUUCUUUUGGAGAAGAAGAGCUUGCAUAUCUUCCUCAACGAAAACGUGACUUAAUUUUGGAUGAUGAAAACACCGAGUUGUAUGUUUCUUUUGAUGGACGUGUGGAAAAUAAUAAUGAUGCACUGAAGGAGGAGAAAAAAACCAAAAAGCCCGGUUUACUUAACUGGCUGAAACCACGGAGACAUCACAGUAUAUCUGGGGCUUUGACCAGUACUAGUGAUAAGUCAAGUGGGGCCAAAUCUAUCAGCACACCUUCGACUCCUCAAGCGGAUAAUCCUACUGAAUCCCGACAUUCACACUCUUUGCUGACAGAAUGCAGGUCUGCUGAAUUCUCACCGGGGGCCCCACAAGAUCAAGAACUCAACGAUGAUGCCUUUUUGCAACAAGAAAGUCCUCUAAUCAGCCUAAAAACAAUUGACCAAAUUGACCUCCUUAAAGAGCAGCAAAAGAUUUUGUCAGAGGAGAUGGCAAUUCAAUUAAGUGCUCUCAAGCGAUUGUCACCCGGUGCUUCAAGAGACUCCGAGAGGGAGUUUAUCAGUGUGGAGAUCGCCCGAUUGAAUGAACAAAUCAAACUGAAGAAUGAUCAAAUCAAACAACUAGAAGAUAACAUUUCCAGUUCUGUUGUAUCAUCUUGUCACAAGAUAGAUGAAGACGAACACACACGGUCUGUUUCUGAGCUAGAAGCACAACUAAGUGAGAAGUCCUUUGAGCUUGAGGUCAAAGCAGGGGAUAAUAGAGUACUUCAAGAGCAGCUUAACCAAAAGAUUGAUGAAUGCAAAGGACUACAAGAAACAAUUAACUCCUUGAAACAACAACUUUCCGAUGCACGGAGUGAAUUCGAUGCAGAAAAAGAUGCCAAAAUAAUGUUGCUUCGCCAAUCUCAGGCACAUGAGAUUGAAAAGCUUAAAGAGAAAGUGACGGAGUUGACCGAGUCAAACACACAAUUAGAAGCCCGGAACAACAAACUAGCAGAAGAAAGCUCAUACGCCAAAGGGUUAGCCUCAGCCGCUGCGGUUGAGCUUAAAGCACUCUCUGAAGAAGUCGCAAAACUAAUGAACCACAAUGAGAAACUAUCCGCUGAGCUGGCGUCAGACAAGAACUCCCCGAGCAACCACCGUAGACCCACUAAAAACGGACGUAAAGACAACAGUUCCCAGUUCCGACAAAAAGAACCUAGUCCUACACAAUCGGAAUUGAAGAGAGAACUCGCGAUAAGCAGAGAAAGAGAAAUGGCUUAUGAAGCCAUGCUUUCCGAAAAAGAACAAAUAGAAUCUGAUUUACAAAAAACCGUUGAAGAGUCGAAACAGAGAGAGGCGUAUCUUGAAAACGAGCUUGCGAAUAUGUGGGUGCUUAUUGCAAAGCUAAAGAAGCCGCAGGGAAACAAUAACCAUACUGAUGUGUCGGAGUCGAGCCACGGGGUUGACGGGUUUGACAUUUACGGUCAGACGAAGGACUUUGUGUAAUUUCGGGAGAUUUGUGUUUGCAAGUAAAUGAAUAGGAAUAGAUGGUAGUGUUUGGGAUUAGGAACAGGGAUUGUGUGUUGUGUAAAGAGGUGUGUUUUUUACUUAUUGUAGGAGCUUUAAGCCCCCCUAUUUUUAGGUUAAUCAUGUAUUUAAUCGAAGUUGGUGAGACGUUUAGGCUCUACAUAUGUUCACGGUCCGGUUUCGCCAGGUUUUGGGCUGAACCCCUAACUACGUAUUCGGAAAAAUACAAACCAGAUUAGCUGA